CUGCGACCCAGGUGAGCUGAGGUGGGCGGGGCUUGUUACAGCGCGCGAGCUGUCAGUGGACAGAACAGGGCAGGUACGAGUGUUCUUUAACACCGAGAGUUCAAAUCCACACCUCAGAGCUGCUGCAGGAGAAACACACUGAGGAGAGCGGCCUCCUCUCACUGGAAACACCAGAGUUGCUGGUUCCAAUCAUGACUGAAGGUUUCAGGUGUGAACUGCACCAGUAACAGCUGCCAUGGAGGCCAGCCUGUCCGGCCUGUCGUCACUGAAGGACGACGAGGAGCCGCUUUACGUUCAGCCACACUACAAGGAAACUUACCGCCUGGCCAUUUACGCCUUGCUCUGCGGCGGCAAAGAGGCCUACGAGGAGUUCCUGCGGGCCGAGCAGAUCAGCCACUUCCUGUCCGAAGAGGAGAUCUUCUUUAUUCUGGAAAAUGCAGAGCUGCCGGCCGUGGAGGACGAGGCGGAGGUCACGAGGCCGGUCACGGACGAGGUCAGCCCCUCCACCUACUUCCCCACAGAGUCGGACGAGGAGGUGCCGGACCUGGACCUGGGCUGGCCCGAGGCCACGCUGGAGACGGCGGACACCAGCAUCAGUCUGCUGUUCCACCCCCCCAGAGAGAACACGCCGACCAUCAAGGAGGUGGUUCGAAAACAGAUUCAGGAGGCGAGGCAGGUUGUUGCCAUAUCGAUGGACGUCUUCACCGAUGUGGACAUUUUUAAAGAGAUCGUCAGUGCCACGCUGAGGGGGGUGGUGGUCUACAUCCUCCUGGAUAAUUCUCAGUUCAGGAGCUUCCUCACCAUGUCGCACAGGGUGGGCGUCAACAUCCAGGACCUCAAGAACAUUCGGGUUCGGACAGUUCAGGGGCAGCAGUACCAGUGUCAGUCCGGGGUCAAGUUUCAUGGAGGUUUGGAGCAGAAGUUUAUUCUGGUGGACUGCAGAACAGUUUUAUAUGGAACUUACAGCUUCACGUGGUCUUAUGAGAAGAUCAACCUCAGUAUGGUUCUGGUGGUAACCGGUCAGCUGGUCUGCUCUUAUGACGAGGAGUUUCGAAGACUGUACGCUCGCUCCACAGUUCCUCCGGUCCUGUCCAGGGAGAGAAUAUCUGUCCCGUACCUGAGAGACUCUGUGGCCUUGACGAGCCCAAACUCCAGCCAACUGUCCCUCCACCAGCUCCACAUCACACCCAGGUUGAUGCACGACAUGAGAAGCGCUCAGGAUGAUAGGUUUAAUAACCCCGCCAUGCUAACCAGGGGCCUGAGCAUGCAGGACAGGCUGCAUCAGUCCCACUGUCCCGACAUGGGGAAUCUGGUGCGGGGACACAGUUAUGGUGGCGAACUGCAGAAGUUACACUCCAUGACUCGGCUGAGGAUGGGGACCAGGGACAUUGGAAUACCUGACAGGACUGGACCGAACCUGAUGCCAACAAACAGGUUGUCUCAGCAGCAGCUUCGGCAUCACAGUCGUUACGGUGCAGACCAGAAUCUGAUACCGUUCAACUCAGAAACUUCACUGCACAGGUGGAAGAUCGACUCGUACUUUAAUGAGAGCGAUUUGCCUCUUGAUGCAUCAUAUGAUGUGAUAUCUCCCAUGAUAUCCCCGUAUAGCAGCCACAUAGGCUUAAACGAGCAACAAUCACAGGGGAUUCACAACCGGUCGAGGGACAUUAAGUCCAGGAUAGAAGAAAUGAGGCAGAAGAGGCUCAGUUUGCAGGAAUAUGCUAAUUUCAGACAUAGCCAAGAGAGCUUGAGGUCGAUGUGUCCCAGUCUAGAAAGACCGAAAUUUGUGUCUUCGUUGAGAAAUCUGGACAAGAUGCAGAGUGUGGCAGAAUUCGAGCCACAUGCACAAAAUGGUGGUGACAUGGAAUCAACCAACCAGAAAAUCAAUGACCCAAGUAAGGAAGGUGACAGAAAAGAGAGGCUGCACACGUAUGACUGGCGUGAGCCUCCUUCCAGGACAGUAUCAGUGUCAGCUGCUGAAUUAGACAUGAAACUGAACGAUCCUUCGCUAAAACUCUCUCAUUUGCAGUCCAGCAGCAUCCAGCAUUUAAGAGCAAUGGAGUCUUUGAUUGAGAUCCCUGAAGAAAAAGACAGUUCAAAUUCUCGUAUCAACACUUCAGACACAACGCUCGACAACGGAAAUGAGGAAAUUAGCAAAGAUGAAAUAGUUGUUCCAGAAGAGAACUUUGUGAAAUCAAGUUUACCUGAACAACCACAACGUCGAGAUGAAGCCAGAGGAAGUCGUGGUUCUAUUGGUAAAGUGGCCAACAGUUCUACUGCUGCGAAAGAACGAAAGAAAUCAUUAGAAAACGUUCCAAAGAUUUUGAACACAUCUACUGGAUCUCAGCUUGCAGUGGAGGGUAAGAGUAGUCACUCAGAAAAACACAGAGAGGAACAGACGCUGCAGAGGAAGAACUCCAUGAGAAUGAAAGUGCAAUCGAUGCUUUCAUCUGACGAAAAGAAAGCCUCCAAAAAAGAGGAGAAGUCCCUCCAGAGGAAGGCCUCAAUGAGACCGCAGAAUCCCUCAGGAUCCAACCAACCCAUCAGGGCAGACCAUUCACAGGGGUCCUCUGCUGGGCAAAUAACAAAGAAAGGUCAGUCGCCCAGUGUCUCCAGGUCACAGCACACCAGUAGUUCAACAGACACCGAAAGGCAUAAAUCUGCUUUCGCAAGAUUAUCUCCUCAGCGUUCAAGCAAGAAAAAGACAAACCCCGGAGCAGAGCAGGAUCGAGGCUCAAAGAGCACUCUGGACGACGAGGGGGCGACCGUCUUUCAAACCAGGAGAGAGAAAGCCUACAGCCGAUACGAGUAUUUGCUCAGCACUGAAAGUAGGAUGACGAGUAUGUAUCCCUCAGACAAAGACAGAAGCACGAGCCCCGUUCAUGGCCGGAAUGACUCAGGUUAUCCAAUGUAUCAGACACAAAGUGGCUCUGAAAACAAACUGGGAAGAUUCAUGCAGCGAGUUGGAAAUCUUAUAGGCAAGAAUAAGUAGAGAUGCAGGAGGAGUGGAGGCAACAUUUGUGCACCGUGCUGGGAUCCUCACUUCUGCUUCAUCUCUUAUGUUUUUCACAAUGUGGCUCAGAGUUUACGAGGGAAGAUAUUUAUCACCGAGGCCAAAACACAAGAUGUUAUAAACAAAAUCCUAAUGAAGGAUAUGAUCUAUUUGGUAUCUGGUACAAAGUGUCUUUAUAUUACCUGGGAAUCGAACAUUUGAAGGAGGGUCGAUGUGAAAAUACUUGUCAGUUAAUUACUCAUGAUGUUAAAGGAGACAUAUUCAGGUUGAUAAUUAAAUUAGUGUUAUGACUGUAGAAGGUUUACAUAAUCUAAUGUUCAGAAAACACCUUUUUUAACUUUGCAGAACUUUUACAUUUACAAAAAAAUCUAACACACUGGAGGAUAAAAACACUGAAACGUUAUAUGUCUCCUUUAAAAAUGGGAUGAAUAUGAUGGUAGCGCUUUUAGAUUGUUAAAAAAAGAAUAUCCAGAGAGUUGAAUUGUAAAGAAAUGUUAUCGAUGUUCUAUAUUAAAUGUGUCUGUUAUUUUAAAAUGUUCUGUAUUUUGCUCACAAUAGAUCCUACAAGUCCAAAAACCAACAAAAAUGGAUCCUGAUGAAAAGUUAAGUGAACGUAUCUGAAGCCUCAGAACUCCAGAAACUGUUUGACAAGUUUCUUUAUUACGAUGAAAACACUGUAGCCUGGUUUAUAAUAACUAAAGUGGAGCUUUCAACCAUAUCGUGCUCUCCUGAAGAUGAUCACAAGAUAUGAUCCAAAGCUCCAGAACACCCAUAAACUGGAACUUCAGUUUUGCCAGAUUUGUUCUAAUGUAAAAAACGUGUAAAACUUCUCUCUAUACUGUCGUUUUUGUUGUCAAACAAAUGUCAACAUUUGGAUCAACUGCAAAAAUAACUUGAUUAACAUGUGUUCACUGUAAAUAUCAAGUACAUUGUAAAAAAAAACCUUAGACAUUAAAUGCAGUGUUUCUCACAAACACUUCUUCUGUAGUAUUUCACUUGUGUCUUUUCUGUGAAUAGUUUGAACGUUCCACUGACACAUGAUAUUGAAAAUAAAGAUUUCCA